AUGGGUCAGGUCUACUACAACCAAUACACCAGUGGCAGUGCAACCCGUGACAUUAAUAACUACUUCCCCAGAAUAAAUUUCAAUGCCAACUGGGUCUUUGUUGCAACAUGGUAUGAGGUGGCACAUUAUUCGAAUUCAGGAACACGCACAACUGUCCAAGCGGUGUUGAUCUCUGGAGGCCAGUAUUCUUUUAUUCUGAUGAACUAUGGGAUAAUAGCCUCAACAAAUAUUAUAUAUAUCUAUUCAAGCCUUGUAUAG